AGGGAGAGAAACCGCGGCGGGAAAGAAUGGCUGGAGGGGAGGCAGGUCCUUUCCGUUUCCGCCCCGCCGUGAUCCGCUACCCCGCAGACCAUCCCUUCUUCGAGGACGGCGACGUCCAUCGGCAUAUGUACCUCCAAGGUCUCCUGGAGAACGUCGCGAGGGACACCGAAAGGGCCAGAACCUCUGAAUUUCCUUGUCAAAUUGGUGGAUGCAGCCAGGUUUUCAACACCUUGGAGAGCUAUGAGCAUCAUUACAACAUGCUGCACAGGAACGUGUGUUCUUCUUGCAAACGAUCCUUCCCUUCAACACAUUUGUUAGAUGUUCACAUUUUGGAGUGGCAUGAUUCCCUCUUCCAGAUAAUGGCAGAGAAGCAGAAUAUGUACCAGUGCUUGGUAGAGAGCUGUCCAGAGAAAUUCAAAAGCAGCAAAGACCGCAAAGAUCACUUAAUCACAGUUCAUCAGUAUCCAUCUGAUUUUCGCUUUGAUAAAUCCCUGAAAGCACAAAGGAAAGAGAAAAUGAGGCCUUCAUCAAAAGAAAGCAACGUGCCAAUGGAUAUGACUGUGGAAGACCCAGAACAAUUACAUGUUGAGGCCAUGGAAACAGGUCCAGAUGAGAGUGUAAUGGAAAGUGACGUUCAGUCUGAGACUGAGGUGCACUCUUUUUGCAUUUUGUCUUUCAGAAUUCCGCCCGCUAUUUGUUUUGGGCAAGGGGCUACCCGGGUCUUCAAAGGCAGAAAAAAGAAAAGUUGAAUAUGACAACCAGGAGGAAUUUCAUCAGCAGAAAAGUGCCUUUAAAAAA